GUGUUGGGAGCUUUGAGGUGUGGGGGCCUCUAAGUUCUCCCGAGUAGAAAGGGAGAGAAGGGCACCGGCCUCAGACUAGGUUGGCUGGGCCCAGCGGCUCUUCCCUUUUGGAAAGUUGUGCUGCCCAAGCUUUUUAAAUCUCUCAGGCCCCAGCAGCUGCCCAUGUCCCCAGAGGUCUCCCACUGGCCAGAAUCUGGGACCCACGGCUGACUUUGCGCCCGGUUGAAUAAGGGAAACCCCCACCCAACGUCUCGCCAGGCGCUGGCCCAUCUCACCGCGAGUCCCGGGAAAGCCACUUUCUGCCCCUCAGACCGCAAGUUUCAGGGCAGCAGCGGGAUGGGGGUGGGGAGACGUAAAGGAACCUCCGGGGCCAUUCUCCCUUCUAGGCUGCUGCGUAUCUCCUCCGUGUCUCUUGCAGCCCCUUGCCAGCUUCUCCUCCCCAGAGAGCGGCCGGGACUCUCGGGGUCUCGCCCCGGUUUUCUCUGCCUGCGCAGAAGCGGCCGCGGGCGCGCCCCGCCAAAGUCUUCGGACUCCGAUCCAACCAAGGACUCCAGCGCCUAGGGGACCAGAGAGAAGCCACCCAGCCUCAGCGGGGCGCUCGGCGACUUCAGCUAGCGGGCCGGCGCUGGCCGCGGGGAGCAGGGCUGGCCAUUGGAGUGUGCGGCUGCGGAGGGAGGGGACCCCGACUCGAGUAAGUUUGGAGAGCGUCGCAGUCAGUCCCGGGGCAGCAGCAAGAUGCCGAGCGCGCAGUGGAGACCCGGAGCUCUCCCAACGCAACUUCGUCCUGCCUGAGCGAGCUGCGGUUUCCGAGGCCCUCUCCAACCAGGGCAAAGCGACACAAAAAGCCUGGAUUUCUCGGACAGAACCACCUUCCGGAGCAAGUGAAGGCUCGCUCGGCCUCGCCCUCUAGCGUUCUUCUGGAGAAGCGCCACCCCCGGAUUCCUGGAGACACUGUGCACCAUGGGGUCUACCAGCGUCCCGCUGGUGAAGGCCCUCCGCAGUCCUGUCUCCGACUAUGUCAACUAUGACAUUAUCGUCCGGCAUUAUAACUACACAGGAAAGCUGAAUAUCGGCGCGGACAAGGAGCAUGGCAUUAAACUGAGCUCGGUGGUGUUCAUUCUCAUCUGCUGUUUUAUCAUCCUAGAGAACAUCUUUGUCUUGCUGACCAUUUGGAAAACCAAGAAGUUCCACCGACCUAUGUACUAUUUUAUUGGCAACCUGGCCCUCUCAGACCUGUUGGCAGGAGUGGCCUACACAGCCAACCUGCUCUUGUCUGGCGCCACCACCUACAAGCUCACCCCCGCCCAAUGGUUUCUGCGGGAAGGGAGUAUGUUUGUGGCCUUGUCUGCCUCCGUGUUCAGCCUCCUAGCCAUCGCCAUCGAGCGCUAUAUCACAAUGCUGAAAAUGAAACUCCACAAUGGGAGCAACAGCUUCCGCUCCUUCCUGCUGAUCAGUGCCUGCUGGGUCAUCUCCCUCAUCCUGGGUGGCCUGCCCAUCAUGGGCUGGAACUGCAUCAGCGUGUUGUACAACUGCUCCACCGUCCUGCCGCUCUACCACAAGCACUAUAUCCUCUUCUGCACCACUGUCUUCACUCUGCUCCUGCUCGCCAUCGUCAUCCUCUACUGCCGGAUCUACUCCUUGGUCAGGACUCGGAGCCGCCGUCUGACCUUCCGCAAGAACACGUCUAAGGCCAGCCGCAGCUCGGAGAAGUCGCUGGCGCUGCUCAAGACCGUGAUUAUCGUCCUGAGCGUCUUCAUCGCCUGCUGGGCGCCCCUCUUCAUCCUGCUCCUGCUGGACGUGGGCUGCAAGGUGAAGACCUGCGACAUCCUCUUCAGAGCCGAGUACUUUCUGGUGCUGGCAGUGCUCAACUCCGGCACCAACCCCAUCAUUUAUACUCUGACCAACAAGGAGAUGCGCCGGGCCUUCAUCCGGAUCCUGUCCUGCUGCAAGUGCCCCAGCGGGGACUCCGCGGGCAAAUUCAAGCGACCCAUCAUUGCCGGCAUGGAAUUCAGCCGCAGUAAGUCGGACAACUCCUCCCACCCGCAGAAGGACGAUGGGGACAACCCAGAGACCAUUAUGUCCUCUGGAAAUGUCAACUCUUCUUCCUAAAACUGAGCGCUGCCGACCCACGGGGAGAAUUCUUGCGUGGUCACCCACCACCCAGUGUUCGGAAAAAAAAAAAAAAAAAAAUCUCUGUCUCGACUGCUGCCAGGGAGGAGCUGCUGGGAGUCAGAGGGAGGGCGGGCGUAGUAAGAGCAGCCUGGUGGUGCCGGGGUGUUGGUGGGUUAGUUCCUGUGAACAAUGCACUGGGAAGGGUGGAGAUCAGGUCCUCGUCUGGAAUCUAUUUCCUAACCCCCCCGCCCUGGAGCUUUGAUUUUGCACUGAGCCAAAGGUCUAGCAUCGUCAAGCUCCUGAAGGGUUCAUUUGGCCCCUCCUGGAAGACUAACGUCCAGGUGUGAAAGCGUCUGUCGGGAGCUUUGAGGAGAUGUUUUCUUUCACCUUACUUUCCAGCCCAAGGGAUUGUGUGCACUUCUGUUUCUCUGGGUAUGCUCUGCAUAUCCCACCCUCCCUUGGCCUUCACACCCGUCCUCAAAAGUCUGUUACUUUAUUAUUUGAACUACCUGGCGUUCAUCAGAGCUGGGGUUGUGGCAUGGUCCAUUUCUUGAUGGUUUGUAGCAGGUAGGCUGUGUCCAGGAGGUAAACUGUGAGGAAUGGAGAUGGUUUGGAGAUAUAAAGCAAUUUUAUUUCCCGAGGCCAAAGUUUCCAUGUAAGCUGGAUCAGUUUUUUGGAAUUUGGUUAAAGUCACUUUGAUUUUUUUUCUUUUAACAACUUUACAAGGAAAUGUAUUAUAGCAUGGUAUCCAUUGUGGCUGAAAUCUGCAUAAGGAAGUCCAAUUUACCUAAAUGGUAUCAGGCAGGAUCCUUUGUGUCAUAGGAGAAACAAACUAGCAAAACCAGGUGAAAACUGACUGGGGGAGGGGAGGGGGGAGUGACUGUAAACCAAGAGAGAUUUCUUAAUGAAUCUGUCUAACAAAUACAACAUCUGUCUUUGGCACUUUGUUGAUGUUUAUUUCAGAGUGUUGUUGUGAAUUAGUUCAACCAACAGGAUGGUUGUAUUUUGUUGUGUUAAAAGUACUUUCCGUGAUUUUUGAAUGUAUUUGUUUCAGCAUUUUAUUGGAUUUUUCUAACUUGUGUUAACACCGUUGAACGUGUAUUUCCUAAGAAAAUACAACCUUCUUGUGCCAUUAAAGCAUUACUUUAACUGAUAGGGAAUACCAGAAGUUUUUCAAUACAGCUGUUCAUUAAAUAGUCAAUUAAAGAUGUGUAUAAAUGUUACAAAAAAUAUAUUGCUGUCUCUUUAGUAUGGUUUUCAGUGCAAUUAAACUGAGAAAUGUCUUUUAAAAAAUAGUAUUUAAUAGGUUUCUGACUUUUGUGGAUCAUUUUGCACAUAGCUUUAUCAACUUUUAAACAUUAAUAAACUGAUUUUUUUUAAAGA